AUGGAGAUGGCUUCUAAAGAAGCUCACCAACUGCAUGCUACAGGCAGAGUGCAUAAACUCAACAGUGAUAAAAUGAAUGGACAAUGGCCAUGUUUCCGGUGCGGCAAGUUGGGACACCUUGCUAAUGACUGUUGGUGUAAAGAGAUGAACUGUAAUAACUGCGGGAAAAAAGGCCACGUGGAGCGGGCAUGCAGAAACAAAAAGAGCAAAGACAAAGACUCAAGGACCAGCCAUAAAAGUGACAAUGCAAAAUACAAAAAGAAGAGAAGUGUUCACACAGUCAAGCAUGCUGUGGACAGACAGUGUGAUUCUUCAGAGGAGGAAGUUUCAACUGCAAUAAAUGUUGUCCAGAUAAUGAAUGUGAGUGAAGGCUCAGAAGGCUUUUGGGCCAAACCCAAGGUGGAAGGACAUUUUGUUAAAAUGCAGAUAGACACAGGAUCAAGAGCAUCGCUAGUGUCAUACGACGUUUACAAAAAGGUAAUGAAACACCUUCCACUCCGGCCCUCAGAUACUGUCUUUACGGCGUACACUGGACACUGGGUGCCCAUGAAAGGGAUGACAGAUGUGACUGUGCAGUACAAUGGCCAGACUACCAAGCUACCAGUUUAUGUCACCAAGAAAAACUAUCCAGCUAUAAUGGGGCGUGUGUGGAAGCUGUCACAUGGUUCAACUCAGCUGCAGGCCAUACUGGAAAAACAUAAAGAGGUUUUUCGUGAUGAGUUAGGCAGCAUGAAAGAAAUUACAGUGAAGCUACACCUCAAACCUGAUAGUAAACCAGUGUUCAUGAAGGUCAGGCCAGUACCAUAUGCCAUCCGGCCUAAAGUGGAGGCUGACUUGGAUGCGCUGGUCAGAAAUGGAGUCUUGGAGCCUGUGACAACCAGUGAAUGGGCCACACCCAUAGUUCCUGUACCGAAAAAGGAUGGAGGGAUUCGAACUCGAACUGGAGACUUUAAGGUAACGCUAAAUCCUGUUCUACGAGCUGAGCAGUAUCCCCUCCCUCUGAUUGAUGACUUAUUUGCUGGGCUGAGUGGGGGCCAUAAGUUCAGCAAGAUAGAUCUCAGCCAGGCUUACCUACAAAUGCAUGUAGAAGAACAGUCACGUGACAUGCUGACGGUCAACACACAUAAAGGACUUUUCAGAUACUGCAGACUGCCUUUUGGCAUCACAUCAGCUCCAGCACUAUUUCAGCGAGCUAUGGAUCAAAUCCUGAGUGGCUUACCAGGAGUGCAAUGCUACCUGGACGAUAUCCUGUGUACAGGAGCAGAUGAUGACAAGCAUCUGCGCAACUUGGAUGCAACUCUUCAGAGACUGAAAGAGUAUGGACUGAGAAUCCGAAAGGAUAAAUGUGAGUUUUUCCAGUCAUCUGUGGAAUAUUUGGGUCAUGUGAUCGAUGCAAAGGGACUGCACACUGCACCAUCGAAAAUCACAGCCAUUGUGGAUGCACCUCCACCCCAAAAUGUCAGCCAGCUGAAGUCUUUCUUAGGACUAUUGAACUAUUAUGGUCGUUUCAUACCAAAUUUGGCAUCACUACUGAAACCGCUGCAUAACCUGCUGCGCAAAGAGGAAGCAUGGAAGUGGACGGCGGCCUGUCAGGAGGCUUUUCAGAAGGCGAAGGAUGCGCUAACAGCAUCAGAGGUUCUGACUCAUUUUAAUCCGUCACUUCCGAUUCAGCUUGCUUGUGACGCCUCUCCUUGCGGAGUGGGGGCGGUGAUAUCGCACGUAAUGCCAGACGGUGAGGAAAAACCAAUUGCUUUUGCGUCGAGGACGCUGAACAAGGCAGAGGCUAACUAUGCUCAACUGGAACGAGAGGCUCUGAGCAUUGUGUUCGGUGUCAGAAAGUUCCACCAGUACUUGUACGGACGGAAGUUUACACUUUUCACUGACCACCGACCUCUCACGACCAUCCUUGGACCAUACACCGGAAUACCAUCUCUCGCUGCAUCUCGAUUGCAGAGGUGGGCGUUGCUGUUGUCGGGACAUUCAUAUGACAUCAGGUAUCGUAAAUCAGACUCUCAUUGCAAUGCAGAUGGUUUGUCUAGAUUGCCGCUUCCUGUCAUGAAGCCGGAGUCGAGCACUGUGGACAUUUUCUACUUCACUGAGGUGGAAAAAGCACCUGUUUCAGCUGCACAAGUGAAGAAGGGAACGAGAAAUGACCCUGUGUUGUCUGCAGUCAUGGACUUGAUCGUUAAGGGCCACCCUGCAGGUGAUGAUGCAACCCUGAAGCCCUUCCUUAGGAGGUGGGAGGAGCUAUCAGUUCAGGCUGGUUGUUUGCUGUGGGGGAGGAGAGUAAUUAUUCCCCUGUCACUACGAACAAAAGUGUUACAGCAACUUCAUGCAGGACACAGUGGAAUAGUGAGAAUGAAGGAAAUAGCGAGGAGCUACAUUUGGUGGCCAAACAUGGACAAAAAGAUUGAGGAAAUAGCUAAAAGCUGUUCAUCGUGUCACAAGGUACGAAACAACCCGCCACUUGCUCCUCUCCACCCCUGGGAGUUCCCACAGGAGCCAUGGCAACGUGUGCACAUUGACUUUGCAGGUCCGUUGGAGGACAGAAUGUUUCUUAUUGCUGUUGAUGCACACACUAAGUGGCCUGAAGUGGCUAUCAUGAGGUCAACCACCACAGAGAAGACCAUAGAGGCACUAGGAGAAAUGUUUAGUCGUUUUGGAUCUCCUACACAGCUUGUCUCUGACAAUGGACCUCAGUUGGUUUCACAGGAAAUGGAUGCUUUCCUACAAGCAAAUGGAGUGCAACACAUUAAAUCAGCUCCAUACCAUCCUGCAACAAACGACCUUGCAGAAAGGUUCGUACAGACAAUGAAACAAGCAUUAAAGGCAUCACAAGGUCAAGGGACAUUGCAUCAGAGACUGCACAAAUUUCUGUUAAACUACCGUAACACUCCACAUGCAACCACAAAGACAUCUCCUGCCAGUCUGAUGUUCAAGAGAGAUCUGCGCACCACCUUUGAUCUUCUGAAACCCUCACCAGUAAGAGACAUUGUGCAAAAACAACAAGAGAAACAAAUUAUGCACAGAGAACAAAAGGCAAAGGACAGAGUUUUCACGCCAGGAGAUUCUGUGCUGGCCAGGAACUACAGAGGUGAACCUAAGUGGGUUCCUGCAACUGUGAUUUCACAAACUGGACCAGUCUCCUACACAGUUCAAACCACUGAUAACAUCUGGAGAAGACACGUGGAUCAACUCCUACGUACAUCAUCAGCACCUACAGAACUGUCUCUUGGAUAUCCUAAGGAUACACUUGUCAACUCAUCAGAUCCACCAACACAAGUGCAGGACUCAACCACUUCAGAGACAAAAGUUCCAGCAGUGGACGUGUCUGAAAAAGAGAUUGAUACAUCUUCUUUUGCAUCGGCACCAGAAGUAAACUCUCCAGUAGAGAGCACAGAGACUGAUAUUCCUGCAGAUCACCGAUACCCUGCCAGAGAACGGCACCCUCCUGUUCGUCUGAGUUAUUAG